AUGCGGAAGAAGCGACUAAAAGUUAAUCAAGUCAGCGAGCUCCAGGAACGAUAUACGAACUUGGUGCUGUUCCUUCAGCGAGUUCAAGACUCCGAUACGACUGGUCAGAAACAGCUUUUAGAGCUGUCAACUUUUGAAUCAUUACUUCAGGAAAAUGGUAUAUAUUCGCUGAAGAAACUUAAGGGUGAAUCGCCGAUAUCUAUGUCUUCUGCGUCUGCAUCUGCGUCUGUUUCUGCUUCUGCGUCUGCUUCUGCUUCUGCUUCUGCUUCGUCGGCUUCUUCCUUGGCUUCUUCCUUGGCAUCCUCUUCUGCUACUAAAGAGAGAUCAGUUGAUGUGGAAGAUGACGAUACUUCUGAUAGUAUUCACAGAACAGCAGUCUACGGACCAACGGCAGUGUAUGACGAUGACUCCCUCAUCUCAAAAAGAUCUACAAGCAACAAAGACGAUUUGGCUAGUGUCAAAAUCAUGAACAAAGAUGAGCAAAUCCUUCAUUGUAUCAAACUAUUUUUCAAUUGGCAAUAUCCAGACCAUAACAUGUUCAUUUUCCGAGAGUCUUUCCUUAUAGACUUUUUCAAUCCAAAGCCAAACAUGAUGUAUUGCUCCAAGGUACUUGUGUUAGCCAUCUGUGCCCUCGGGUCUUCUAUGUCUGAGGUUGAUACCAUUUACAAUCGAUCCAAGGAGUUCUAUGAUGAAGCUAAAGCCCGUUUACUUUCUCAAUUGGACCAUCCGCCUUCUAUUACUUCAAUUCAGCUGUUUCUACUUCUAGCGUUCUAUGAUAUAUGUAACGGCCAUAAUUCCUCGGGUUGGAUGCUUUCUGGUAAUGCUAUCCGAAUGGGGUACGAUCUAGGGUUCCAAUUGAAUCCAAAGGUUUGGUUCAUGCACAAGCAAAAGGCUGAUAAACUCACAGAAUCCAUUCGUUCACGUAUCUAUUGGGGAUCUUAUAUGGCAGACCAUUUCAUUAGUUUGUUAUUGGGAAGACCAAGUUUAUUAAAGAAAUCUGAUGCUUCCAUCCCAGAACUGGAGGACUUGCCAGAUUUGGGCUGGAUCGAUGAAUACAUUUAUAACCGAAAGAGUGAUCAAGUAUCGUAUAUUUCGAAUCCUCUUAAGAAAAUCAUUGUUUUAAUUUCUAUAAGUGAUAAUAUUUUAAGUGAUAUUUUCACCAAGGAUGAAUUCAAUCUUGAAGACUCAAAGAGACUAGAUAAACUUCACCAAUACAAUCUUCAGAUUCGAAAGUGGAAGGAAAGCUUACCUGAAGAUCUAAGAUGGGAUAGACAAUCUCUUAGUGAAACAGCUGAAAACCCUACCCUUGCUGGCUUACGAUAUUAUUAUUAUAUCUUGGUACUAUGUUUGAAUCGGCCAUUUGUGGGCUUAUGUUUACAGAAGCAAAUGCAAAAGCAAUCAGCAGCAACAAAUACUGUUGAUGAUGAUCCAGAGGCAGAUGCUGAGGAUUAUGAGGGACCCUUCUCACCAAUUAAAAUUUGUGAAGAAGCAAUAGGAGAUUUGUAUGUUGCCAUUAACCGAUUUAAAAAAGUACAUGGUCUCCGAAGAGUUUCCAUAUUUAUUGUCUACAGUUCGAUUUUGGCCAUUUCAAUAUUGUUAUUGACCAACACUUACAGACAACUAGUGACUGAAAGAAAGAAAAAGAAGUUGCUAUUCUUCUUGGAUGUGUUACGUGGCUCCUCCAAGACUUGGAAAUUGGCGGAGAAAUCUUAUAAUUUAAUUCAAAUAAAAUUAAAGUUCAAAAAGGAAGAAAGAACUCAAGAUGAGGCAGUGGAUACUCCUCCCCCAACACCACAAAUGAUCCCCGACGUUAUAAGUACUCCUCCAAUAAUUAAACAAGAACUUAUGGAGUUAAGACCAAUAUCUCCAAUUGUUUCUAAUCUCCGAUCAGUUUCAGAGGAAGCUAAUGGAGAUCCAAAUGUUUCCAAUUCGAAUUCAUACCUCCCUCCACCAAAGAUUGUUGUUGGUCCCUCAGUAGAACCUGUUUUGAAUCCCCCCUCACAGCCUCUACAAUCACGACCGAUCUUGAAACCACAAGUGGCACCUUUCCCACUCCUACAACGAAGAUCGAUCAAUUCUCCAGAUACCAAUGAACGCUUCCCGAUGGCGCUGGUGAAGCGAGAUCAAAGAUUAGAAGAUGACCCUACCAAUGGAAUAGUUGGAGGUGAGAUCUCGUCAUCGGUUUCAUUAGACUCAGGCGGAGUUAAUGGCGGAUUUGAAAUUUUAUCUUCGGUUGAGCAAACCAAUACAGAUAUAUUAUUUGAAGAGAAUUUAGAUUUCUUUGGGGGUCCGCCAAUGUUAAUGACGUCGGAUUUAUUUGAUCAAGACUGGGAAGCAUUAUUCCCUGAUUAUGUGUUGAAGAAUUAG